AUGAGCAAGCUGACAUGUGGUACCGUGCUUGUAUGGAGCCUCUGUGUCAUCGCAGAUGACGGCACUGGUGCAAAGAGUGCUUCAUCGUCCGAGCGCAAUGAAGAGGAUGGCGAGGCAGACUCAGACACAUCGGCCUCAGCCUCACCCGAAGAAUCCGGCGAACCUGCCACUGGAGGGAAGACGGCCGGCGAUGGGUGUGCGGGAACCGCUUCACCCAAAGCAGACGGGCGCGAAAGUCGGGGCGCGGGGGAGACGGAUGUGUAUCGGGGCGAAGGCCGAGGACAUGUGGACGGGCAUGUGCACCGCGCAUGCCCGACCCCAGUGGACACCGACGGCCAUGACGUGCGCAUCUCGAGCCGGGUUCUAGAGCAACUCAUCCGGGCUCAGGACAGGAGCGCCAAGGAGAACGCGCGGUUGGAGGCGCUGUUUUUGAAUGCAAUGGCGGAGCGUUCUGGUGGAUCUCGUAAGCGUAAGGCUCGGAAGCAGAGAGACCCGGAGCAGGGGUGCUUGAACCCGAAGCAUAAGCGUGGCGAGACAUGGAGCGGCGGGUCGGACGAUGACGGAGAGGACGACGAGGAAGAUACGCAUGGUUCUGGUGGUCGUCAUAUGCGUACUGCAAAGUCUCCUAUUCUGCAACGCGCGUUGGCGCAUCUGCCGACAGAUAAGGCGUGGAAGCAGGUGUGCGAGCUGGCCAGAGUUCACUUGUUUCUCAACAGGCCCACGUCGUCGAUGACCUUCUACCCGAGCAGCGACGAUAAGACUCACGGAGUGUGCGCGGUGCUGGACCGCCUGCCUCACAGCUUCGCCUGUUUGGCGUUGGCGGCUGACAAGUCGCGACGGGCGGAUCUCAACAAGACGCUGUCGGAGUGGAAGACAAGGGCUGCCGCUCGCGUGCGAGACAUUGCACUUCCCAAGCUCGGCCUGUUCCGGGACGACAGGGACGCAUCCAGCCCGUGGGCACCUGAAAAGGAGCGUAGUAUCGACAAGAUAAGGGAGCGCAUUGGGCUUGGCGCUGACCCCCCUGAAACUCUAGUGCUGACCAGCUGGGCACACGACAGGGAUGGCAUGCCGUUUGCCUCCCGGGCGUUCGCGACAUGUGCGAAGGCUGCCUUCAAGACGAAGAAGGCAGGGCUGGUGAUGACCCUUAAGGUCUCCGACUGCGUCCUCUACUGGGAGGCGCGGAAAGGCCGGCUCUCCAGCUCGGCGGGCGGGAACGCCCACGUGGUGGAUGGGCUCAAGGUCCUGGUCAAGGAGGCCGUGGAGAGGGCGAUCCGUAUCCGCAACCCCGAGUAUGACGCGGAGCGCGAAGCGUGGAUUUGGGGGCGCCAUGGCCUGCGCAUCUCUGCGUGCGGCCUGGAGCACAUGAAGCCCGCGGCCACCACCAAGCUGCAAGGCAUCGUAGGGGAUGACGACCUUUCGGCGUCACUUGGUGAUGAACUGUCUCUCCUUGCCGUCGCCCUUCUUGCUGCCGCCCCUCUUCAACUCUCCUUGCCGUCGCCCUUCUUGUUGCCGCCCCUCUUCAACUCUCCUUGCCGUCGCCCUUCUUGCUGCCGCCCCUCUUCAACUUUCCUUGCCGUCGCCCUUCUUGCUGCCGCCCCUCUUCAACUCUCCUUGCCGUCGCCCUUCUUGCUGCCGCCCCUCUUCAACUCUCCUUGCCGUCGCCCUUCUUGCUGCCGCCCCUCUUCAACUCUCCUUGCCGUCGCCCUUCUUGCUGCCGCCCCUCUUCAACUCUCCAUUCCGUCUCCCUUCUUGCUGCCGCCCCUCUUCAACUCUCCUUUCUGUCGCCCUUCUUGCUGCCGCCCCUCUUCAACUCUCCUUGCCGUCGCCCUUCUUGCUGCCGCCCCUCUUCAUCUCUCCUUGCUCGCCCUUUUGCAGGCGUGA